UCCCGACAGCUCUGUGAAGAUGGCGGCACACGGUCGCCCCCCGCUGCCGCUGCUGCUGCUGUCUGCUUGUCUGUACAGCUGUGUCGCCGUUCGCGGGUUUAAAGUGUCCAGCGGACCGGCCGAACCGCCGAACCCGCCGGCGGUCAGAACCGUCGACCUGCCAGCCAAGGAGGAAGCGGCCGCCCAGCCUCGACGGGCGAGCGGCUGGAAGCUGGCGGAGGAGGAGGCCUGUCGGGAGGACCUGUCCCGCCUCUGUCCGAAGCACACAUGGACCAACAACCUGGCCGUGCUGGAGUGCCUGCAGGACCGCAGAGAGCACAUGGAGCUUGCCCCCGACUGCAACCAUCUUCUGUGGAGCUACAAACUCAACCUGACCACCGACCCUAAGUUUGAGUCUGUGGCCUUGGAGGUCUGCAAGAGCACCAUUGCAGAGAUAAAGGAGUGCAACGACGAAGAAAGAGGGAGGGGCUACCUUGUAUCUUGCCUGGUGGAUCACCGUGGCAACAUCAGCGAGUACCAGUGUAACCAGUAUGUCACCAAGAUGACCAGCAUCGUCUUCAGUGACUACAGACUCAUCUGUGGAUUCAUGGACAAAUGCAAGGAGGACAUCAACCUGCUGCACUGCGGAAGCAUCAAUGUGGGGCAGAAGGACAUCCACUCUCAGGGAGAGGUGAUCGCCUGUCUGGAGAAGGCUCUGGUAAAAGAGGCGGAGCAGCAAAAUCACAUCCGCCCAAUCAAAGAGGAGUGCCAGAAAGCCAUCCUGCGGGUGGCGGAGCUGUCUUCAGACGACUUCCACCUCGACAGACAUCUGUACUUUGCCUGUCGAGACGACCGGGAGAGAUUCUGUCUGAACGUUCAGGCUGGAGAGGGGAGAGUUUACAAAUGCCUGUUCAACCACAAGUUUGAAGAGGCCAUGUCAGAAAAGUGUCGGGACGCCCUGACCACCCGGCAGAAGCUGAUCUCCCAGGAUUACAGAGUCAGCUACUCUCUGGCCAAAGCCUGUAAGCUGGACUUGAAGAAGCAGCACUGCAGCCUGGACACCGCCCUCCCACGCGCCCGCGAGGCCCGCCUGUCACACCUGCUGCUGUGCCUGGAGGCCGCCGUGCACCGGGGUCGUCCGGUUAGUGGAGAAUGUCAGGGGGAGAUGCUGGACUACCGGCGGAUGCUGAUGGAGGAUUUUUCUCUCAGUCCAGAGAUCGUCCUUCACUGCCGGACGGAGAUCGAGGCUCACUGCUCUGGCCUGCAUCGUAAAGGCCGCACGCUGCACUGUCUGAUGCGGGUGGGCCGCGGCGACCACAGCACUGUUGGGAGUGUCUGCCAGGGCGCGCUGCAGACUCUGAUUCAGUCUGCCGACCCGGGAGCCGACUAUCGGAUCGACCGAGCCCUCAACGAGGCCUGCGAGUCCGUCAUCCAGACCGCCUGCAAACACAUCCGGAGUGGAGACCCAAUGAUCCUGUCGUGCCUGAUGGAGCAUCUGUACACAGAGAAGAUGGUGGAGGACUGUGAGCACCGGUUGCUAGAGCUACAGUAUUUCAUAUCCAGAGACUGGAAGCUGGACCCCAUCCUGUACAGGAAGUGUCAGGGCGACGCCGCGCGACUCUGCCACACUCAUGGAUGGAAUGAGACCAGUGACCUGAUGCCAGCGGGGGCCGUCUUUUCCUGUCUGUAUCGCCAUGCCUACCGCACAGAGGAGCAGGGCCGGCGGUUGUCACGAGACUGCAAAAUGGAGGUGCAGAGGGUUCUCCACCAGAGGGCGCUGGAUGUGAAGUUAGACCCAGAGCUGCAGAAACGCUGCAUCUCUGACCUCGGAAAGUGGUGCAGUAGUAAGAACGAUGCUGGACAGGAGCUGGAGUGUCUGCAGGAUCAUCUGGAGGACCUGGUGCAGAGCUGCAGGGACGUCGUGGGCAACCUGACAGAGCUGGAGUCGGAGGACAUCCAGAUAGACGCGCUGCUCAUCAGAGCCUGUGAGCCCGUCAUUCAGGCCCACUGCCAUGAUGCGACAGACAACCAGAUGGACACCGGUGUUCUGAUGGAGUGUUUGGUCCAGAACAAACACCAGAAGGAGAUGAACGACAAAUGUGCAGUCGGGGUCACACACUUCCAGCUGAUUCAAAUGAAGGAUUUCCGGUUUUCCUAUAAGUUCAAGAUGGCCUGCAAGGAGGACGUUCUGCGUUUGUGUCCCAACAUCAAGAAGAAGGUGGACGUGGUCGUCUGUCUCAGCACCACCGUGAGGAACGACACGCUGCAAGAGGCCCGGGAGCAGCGGGUCUCUCUGAAAUGUCGGAAGCAGCUCCGUGUGGAGGAGCUGGAGAUGUCAGAGGACAUCCGGCUGGAACCGGAGCUGUACGAUCCCUGCAAGCCGGACAUCAGUCGUCUGUGUCCCAACGUGCCGUUUGGUAACGCCCAGAUGAUCGAGUGCCUGAAGGAGCAGAAGAGGCACCUCAGCCCCCGCUGCCACCAGCGGAUCUUCAGGCUGCAGGAGGUGGAGAUGAGCGACCCUGAGCUGGACUACCAGCUGAUGAGGGUCUGCAAGCAGAUGAUCAAGCGUUUCUGCACUGAAGCAGACGCCAGGAACAUCCUGCAGUGCCUGAAGCAGAACAAGAACAGCGAGCUGAUGGAUCCCAAGUGCAAGCAAAUGAUCACCAAGAGACAAAUCACCCAAAAUACAGACUACAGGCUCAACCCCGUCCUGAGAAAAGCUUGUAGAGUCGACAUUCCCAAGUUCUGCAAGUCCAUCCUGAAUAAAGCGAGUGAGGACUCUGAGCUGGAGGGUCAGGUCAUCUCCUGCCUUAAACUGAAGUACGCAGACCAGAAGCUGUCUUCAGAUUGUGAAGACCAGAUCCGGGUGAUUCUCCAGGAGUCUGCACUCGACUACAGACUGGACCCCCAGCUGAAGGUGCACUGCUCUGAAGAGAUCUCCAGCCUCUGUGCCGAGGAGGCGGCUGCUCAGGAGCAGAUGGGUCAGGUGGAGGAAUGCCUGAAGGUCAACCUCCUCAAGGUCAAACACGACGACUGCAAAAAGGAGGUGCUGAACAUGCUGAAGGAGAGUAAAGCCGACAUCUUCGUGGACCCCGUCCUCCACACUGCCUGUGCUUUGGACCUGAAGCACCACUGUGCGGCCGUCACGCCUGGGAGGGGCCGACAGAUGUCGUGUCUCAUGGAGGCCUUGCAAGUCAAGCGAGUCCGUCUGCAGCCCGAGUGCAAGAAAAGACUUCAAGACCGCAUCGACAUGUGGAGCUACGCUGCAAAGGUGGCGCCAGCCGAGGGCUUCUCAGACCUGGCGGUGCAGGUGAUGACGUCGCCCUCCAAGAACUACCUCCUCUUCAUGGUGGCGCUCAGCGUGUGCGUCCUCUUCCUGGUGGGGCUGCUGUGCGGCCGGAUAACGAAGCGAGUGACGAGAGAACUGAAGGACCGGUAAAGAAAGAGCUCUGACAAGACCGGACUCUUUCUGUAUCCGCCCCCCCCCCCGAGGCUCGGUCUGCACGGCGCCAACAUCACAAUCUAAACCUAAAACACAAGCGCUCCGCACUGGUAGCUCCGCCCAUCUGUUUCCAGCUGCUGCUGGGGAGGCGUGGCCUUCCAGCUGCUGCUGGGGAGGCGUGGCCUUCCAGCUGCUGCUGGGGAGGCGUGGCC